AGCCCCUCAGCGCCGUCGUCCCACCAUGAACCUGCUGUGCCGCGGACGCCUGAAGCUGCUGGUGGCGUCUCUCACAGCCGUCGUCCUGCUCACCUGGCUCUACCUGCUGGCGGGAAACCUGGAGAGUGGGCGGGGCUUGCUCCUGGCGUCCUGUCUGGCCGACACCCCGGCGGCCCAGGUCCUGGAGCGAGCCGUCCUGGAGUCGCGAGUGCGGGAGGUGGAGGAAGAGAACCGACAGAUCCGGCUGCAGCUCAGCCAGUCGCAGCAGGGCACCGCCGCCCAGCAGCCGGACGGUAACUACGGCAACCAGCAGUGGGGAGCCUCGGCGGACACCGGACCGGAGGACGGGGACAACACGGCGGAGGAGAAGAACAACAACCACACGGAGUGUCCCCGAUCGCCCACCGUCCAGAAGUGUGAGCUCAUCCAUGUAGCGUGUGUUUGUGCCGGUCACAACGCCAGCAGAGACGUGGUCACGCUGGUCAAGUCCGUCCUCUUCCACAGGAGGAAUCCUCUUCACUUUCAUUUCAUCACAGACACAGUAGCCAAUCGUAUCCUGAGUUCUCUGUUCCAGUCCUGGAUGGUGCCGUCUGUGCAAGUCAGCUUCUAUGAUGCAGAUGAACUCAAGUCCGAGGUGUCGUGGAUUCCCAACAAGCACUACUCAGGUAUUUAUGGCUUGAUGAAGCUGACGCUAACCAAAGCUCUGCCCUCCGACCUGACAAAGGUCAUCGUCCUGGACACGGACAUCACCUUCGCCACUGACAUCGCCGAGCUCUGGGGCAUCUUCAGGAAGUUCACAGAUAAGCAGGUGAUCGGUCUGGUGGAGAACCAGAGUGACUGGUACCUGGGGAACCUGUGGAAAAACCACAAACCCUGGCCCGCACUGGGACGAGGCUUCAACACAGGCGUCAUUCUUCUCUACCUGGAGCGACUGCGGCGAAUCGGUUGGGAGCAGAUGUGGCGGCUGACGGCAGAGAGGGAGCUAAUGAGCAUGCUCAGUACCUCGCUCGCCGAUCAGGACAUCUUCAACGCCUUCAUCAAGCAGAACCCGGUCCUGGUGCACCAGCUGCCCUGCUUCUGGAACGUCCAGCUGUCGGAUCACACUCGCUCCGAGCAGUGCUACACCGAGGUGUCCGACCUCAAGGUGAUCCACUGGAACUCUCCGAAGAAGCUCCGCGUGAAGAACAAGCACGUGGAGUUCUUCAGGAACCUCUACCUGACCUUCCUGGAGUACGACGGGAACCUGCUGAGACGAGAGCUGUUCGGCUGCCCGAGUCAGGCCAACCCAGAGAGCGUGCAGCUGCAGACGGCUCUGGAGGAGCUGGACGAGGACGACCAGUGUUACGACUUCCGGCGGGAGCGGCUCACCGUUCACCGCGUGCACCUCUACUUCCUGCAGUACGAGUACACGCCCACCGAGGACGACACCGACAUCACGCUGGUGGCUCAGCUCUCCAUGGACAGGCUGCAGAUGCUGGAGGCCAUCUGUAAACACUGGGAGGGCCCCAUCAGCCUGGCGCUCUACAUGUCCGACGCCGAGGCGCAGCAGUUCCUGCGCUACGCUCAGGCCUCCGAGGUCCUCAAGAACCGCAAGAACGUGGGCUACCACAUCGUCUACAAGGAGGGCCAGUUCUACCCGGUCAACCUGGUGAGGAACGUGGCCCUGAAGAACGCCAACACGCCGUACGUGUUCCUGACCGACGUGGACUUCCUGCCGAUGUACGGCCUCUACGAUUACCUCAGGAAGUCCGUGGUGCAGCUGGACAUGGCUCACACUAAGAAGGCCCUGGUGGUUCCGGCGUUUGAGACUCUGCGUUACCGUCUGUCCUUCCCCAAAUCCAAAGCCGAGCUGCUCUCCAUGCUGGACAUGGGGACUCUCUACACCUUCAGGUAUCACGUGUGGCCCAAAGGUCACGCUCCGACCAACUAUGCCAAAUGGCGAACAGCCACCACCCCCUACAAGGUGGAGUGGGAGCCGGACUUCGAGCCGUACGUGGUGGUGAGACGAGACUGUCCGGAGUACGACCAGCGCUUCGUGGGCUUUGGCUGGAACAAGGUUUCUCAUGUCAUGGAGCUGGACGCACAGGAGUACGACCUGAUGGUCCUCCCCAACGCCUUCAUGAUCCACAUGCCCCACGCUCCCAGCUUCGACAUCUCCAAGUUCCGCUCCAGCUCCAGCUACCGCAACUGUCUCAACACCCUGAAGGACGAGUUCCACCAGGACCUGUCCAGGAAGUACGGCUCGGCCGCUCUCAAGUACCUGACGGCCCAGAGGAACAUCUAAGAACCAGGACUGCUGGGAGCCGGAGGGUUCUUCAGCUCCCCUCCCUGCCCCCUCCCCCAAAUGAGCUCCAGGAGCUCAGACACGUACUGACACAGCUCAGGCCACGUUGACGCCGAGCGCGAGUGCGACGGUAAAGCUUUACAGCCCCUCCAGACGUCCUCAGGCUCCCGCACAUUAAUUCUCCGGUCGACUCCGUCUUUAAAGGAGACGCAGAGACGGAAACCUGAGCCGGAGCAGAGAGAGAGCGGACUUCCUGUGAACGCAGGACUCACCGGGCGGGACGAACGCUGGCAGAGCGCAGUGUGGAUACUGAUGGGACUAGCUUUACGGCGGGAAAAUGAAAACCAUAUUCUUACGAUUUGUUCUGACAAUCAGGGCUUUUUCCAGAAGACAUGAACCACGUGGACAACUGGACACUUAAUUCAAGACACUAAAUGACGGGACCCGUGUCAUUAUGGGGGGGGAAAACAUUGAAAGGAGAAGACGACAGUGUGAGGCCAGUCGAACUGGAGGAAGAUCUAAGCCUUAUCACUUUCCAUAUUUAAUAUUUUCCUUUUCAUAGUUUUCUUCUUUUUUUUCCAGUGUAAAUGAAAACCAGUGAAAAUCAAACAUCGUGUUUUAAUUCUGACUUUACGUAAGAAUCAGUUUGUUUUUCUUUUCUGUUUUCUGACCUCUGAGAUCUUCUGAUGACCCAUCAUCCCGCUCAAAUGAGCUCAGUUUCUCUGUGGGCUUCAGGGAUGUGCUUUAUGUGUGUGUGAGUGUGUGUGUGUGUGUG